AUGCGCCACCUUCUUACGUGUUUGUUCCGACAGCGUGAAGAGCAAAGUUCGCGGUAUUACCCUUCGGCAAUAGGGGAAUUCUCGAGCCGCGGCAUCUUCCCGGCAACGGAGACUUUUGAGGAGGAAUAUGUGAGCCUCAAAGAGCUCAUCAUGUUCUGCCGCGCCCAUACCAACGCCACAGUGAUGUUCCAUCUCCCUUUUCUUGAUGCCGAUUAUGGCUUACUACUAUUGGUGGUCUAUAUGAUCCCAGUACAUGCCAGGGAUAAAGCCGAUUGCAAGGCCGCCGCAUCGGCAGACUUGGUGUAUCCUUCCCAUCCACCUCUUCGGGAUGCUCCAGAAAACCUUCGAUUCUUCUUGGGAGACAGGAUCAUAGAUCCAGUGGCCGUCAUGAGAGCACAGGACCCAUCAGACUGGCCGGAGCUGGAAAGGGGAAUCAAAGAGCAUUCAGCACUGCUGAGGGACCUUGACGAACACGGAUUUUGA